ACGUCUAUCAGUGGCUAUCCGAUACAGUCCGGGACUCCCUCGCGACGGGUGUGGCCGCUUCUGGAACAUUGGCUGCUCUGUACCGAAAAACUGCUUCAAUGGGACAUACUCCAAGACGUCGCCUCUGGUGAAGGAAAUCCCGACCUUGCCCUGGAAUGUGCUUGGAGGACACUUCAAACGUGGAAUAGUGAAAACGUCGUUGUCGCAACUUAUAUGAACCAAGCCCAAGAUCCAGUAACCCCGCGAAGACUCCUGUUCAAGGCUUAUUUCACGUUGAAUACCAUGGCAUGUGCGGCCAGAGAGCAACUUCAAGCCGCCGCUCAAGCAGCAUCACAAGGAGCAGCUGGUGGACUACAGCCCCAAGUCAAGCUAGAUAUCGACGCCUCAAGCGAGUUCUCGAAGGUGGUCGAUGAGGCAAACCAGAUCACGCUAAGAAAAUGGUUCAUGCUACCCGAGAACCUUACCAUGGCCCAUGUUCCGUUACUUGCUCAAUUCCAGCAGCUAAGAGCAUCUUCCAUCAUUGGAGGGAACGCUUACCUCAACCCCACGACGAUAUUGGACUUUGGAAUGACUUGGUAUCUUGGAGGCAGCACGUAUUCCAUGCA